UCAUUGUAUUCAGUGGUUUUAACUGUUCCAGAUAAAGCUCCAUUCUCAACAGGCACUGACGCAGCACAUCUACCACACAGAUCUUUUGCCCACAUUUACCUGCAUGUUCCCCCAAAUACACCACAGGUCAUUGAAGAGAUGGAUCUUUGCUGGACUGAGUACAAUCUCCUGGUGAAACUGCCACUGAAGAGUGACAACCCUCUGCAAGAUGAGGACUGCAGUUCUGCUGUUUGUUGUGGGGUUGUGUGUGUUGAACGUCACAUCUUCCCUGAAAAUCUGCGCUUUCAAUGUCCAGAGCUUUGGUGAAUCAAAGGCAAACAACAAGAAGGUCAUGGGAAUUCUCCUGAAGAUUCUUUCUCGGUGUGACUUGUGUCUCAUUCAGGAGGUCCGAGACUCCAAAGGAGCAGCAAUACAAGCUUUGGUUAAGGAUCUUAAUGGCAGAUUUGACAAAUCCAACUCAUACUCCUAUGUGGAGAGUGAAAGGCUGGGGAGGAAGACCUACAAGGAGCAGUACGUCUACAUUUACAGGAACAAUGUGCUGACAGUCAAAGAGCAUUAUCAGUAUCCUAAACUAGAAGGAGAAGGGACAAAUGAAACAGAUGUUUUCUCCAGAGAGCCUUUCAUUGUUCGCUUUCACUCCCCUACGACACUGGUGAAGGAUAUUGUCCUGAUUGGGCAGCAUACUUGUCCCAGAAAUGCGAUGAAGGAGAUUAACGAACUGUAUUCUGUCUUCAAAGGAAUUUACAAGAAGUGGAAGACUGAUAAUGUAAUAAUCUUAGGGGACCUUAACGCCGGCUGCAGCUACGUCACCAUCAAGGGCUGGAGAGCUAUGCGCUUGAGGAGCGACCCCAAAUUUCACUGGCUAAUUGGAGAUGAGCAAGACACUACUGUCCGUGAGAAGACGCACUGUGCCUAUGACAGGAUCAUUGUCCAUGGACGUGAGAUUAUUUCCAGUAUAGUGCCAGGUUCAGCUCAACCGUUCAACUUUAAAGAGAAUUUUCAUUUAACAGAGGAGGAGGCUCUUGAGGUGAGUGAUCAUUUUCCUGUUGAAGUUGACCUGAAGCCCAAUCACCGCUACCUCCUACGCAGUGAGCUGUAGGACAACCAUCAACAAUCCCGGAUGUCUUGAUUUUAACUGUACUUUUACUGGAUUUUAGUUGUCAAAAUAAAAUCAAAAUUCCCAACAGAA